CCACGACGGCCGCGUCCCUCCGCGGGGAGCGGAAGAGGCGCGGCCAGCGCGGCGGGCUCCGUACGGCGCGAUGGCGGCGGCGCCGCGUUCCGGGGGGCGGCGGCAGCCCGGAACCGUCCUGCUGCGGCUGCUGGCGGUGCUGCUGCUGGCGGGCACGGCGGGCGCCGGGCAGCGCUCCAAAUGGCGGCUGCCGGUGCUCCUGGGGAAGAAGUUUAGCUUUGGGAAGAUUCUCUUCAGCAACACCACCAUUUUCCUGAGAUUUGAAGGAGAUGAAAAAGCUUGUGAAGCUUCCCAGGGUUUCAAUGUGACUUGGUACUUAAGAUACUCUGACUGCUACAAUGAAGUCUUCAACUUUGGGGAUGAACAAGCAGAUAACUAUUUUGGGACUACAGCUGAAGAGCAUCCCGGUUGGUCAGGUUACUAUGCCACUGCUUCUCUCCUCUUUCCAAACUGCUCUGAGCUCUUCAGGCCUCAGAUUUUCUAUAAAGAAUUUGUUCGUCCAGAGCCUCUCUCACCUGAGAAACAAGAGGGCUUAAAGGAUAAGAAGGAGAGUGCAGGAAAUAACACAAUGGUGACAGAUAAAACUGCAAUGAAUGCUGUUAUCAAAACUUGGCGAGAUGGGCCAUAUAUAUUUAUUGUGCAGAUUGCACUUACAACUGCAAAGGAUUCUACUGCCAGACUUAAAAGAACUGAGAGAACAACACCUUCCUCAUAUCAGAACAAGCUCUUCACAAUGACAGUAGAACUGAAGGGGCCGUAUGAGUAUCUUUCUCUUGCAGACUACCCUCUGAUGAUUUUUUUCAUGGUGAUGUGUAUUGUGUACGUAUUCUUCGGUGUUCUGUGGCUUGCGUGGUCAGCCUGUUACUGGAGGGAUCUCCUGAGGAUCCAGUUCUGGAUUGGUGCUGUUAUCUUCCUGGGAAUGCUCGAGAAAGCUGUUUUCUAUGCCGAGUUCCAGAACAUCCGCUACACGGGCGAGUCUGUUCAAGGAGCAGUAAUACUGGCAGAACUUCUUUCUGCUGUGAAGCGCUCCCUGGCUCGAACUCUGGUCAUCAUAGUCAGCCUGGGAUAUGGGAUAGUCAAACCUCGCCUUGGAGUGACUCUUCACAAAGUAGUUAUGGCUGGAGCCCUUUAUCUGUUAUUUUCUGGCAUGGAAGGUGUUCUUAGAGUCACAGGGUUUUUCUAUGACACUGUGGCUCUGAUAGCAAACUUGGCCCUGUCCAUGAUUGAUGCCUGUAUUAUUUUGUGGAUAUUCAUCAGCUUAACUCAAACAAUGAAGCUGCUAAAACUUCGAAGGAAUGUUGUGAAACUCUCUUUGUAUCGGCACUUCACCAACACACUCAUCUUGGCAGUAGCAGCAUCUAUUGUAUUCAUCAUCUGGACAACCAUGAAGUUCAGGCUGGUGGACUGUCAGUCGGACUGGCAAGAGCUAUGGGUGGAUGAUGCUAUCUGGCGUUUAUUGUUUUCAAUGAUCCUUUUUGUCAUCAUGAUUCUGUGGAGACCAUCUGCUAACAACCAAAGGUUUGCUUUCUCACCACUGUCAGAAGAGGAGGAUGAUGAUGAGCAGAAAGAGCCAAUGUUAAAGGAAAGCUUUGAGGGAAUGAAAAUGAGAAGUACAAAGCAAGAACCAAAUGGGAGUGUAAAAGCAAACAAAGUUCAAGAGGAUGACCUGAAGUGGGUAGAGGAGAACGUUCCUUCAUCCGUGACAGAUGUGGCUCUUCCAGCUCUUCUGGAUUCAGAUGAGGAAAGAAUGAUUACCCACUUUGAAAGGUCCAAAAUGGAAUGAAGGAGUAGCUUUUUGCUCUUGGAAGUGGAGACACCUCUUUUAAAGUUGCUUGGUGGAGGAAGUGCAUCCUGCUGAUUUGUCUUUUGAUCUCAGCCUUGAAAGUUUGAUGCUUUAAUGUCAUGGAGGGUGUCUUGCUGUGGAGGAAGUUCACAAGGACAUUAUAAACCUUUUGAAAAUUUGAAUUUAAAGUUGCUGCAAGUUUGGAUUUUUAAGCAAUUGACAUGUAUACUAUUCCAGCACCUUCUGUAACUUUUCAAAUAUUUAAUCUGUGAAACUAAAAUUCCUAAUGUUUGCUUGAGGAGUUUAUAUUUUGAUGUUACAAUUGAUACUUAGAGGUGAACUGCCUGUACCUUUUUGGGGGGAGGGUGGAGACAGAUAAAAAUAAGCACUGAAGAAACAACAGACCCAUUUUCUGGUAGAUAACAGCUGCUGUUGUAUGUCAUGUGUUCAACAUGCAUGAAAGAGUUUUAGAGAGACGCUCCUGUUGAUGAAGAAAAUGAAGAUGCCAGAAAGAAAAUAUUUGGAAAAGUUACAGUGAUACGAGUUUUUAACAAAAUCAAGUGCAAUUUUAUUCAUAACACUGUGUAUGAAAGAUUUUCUAUUUUAAAUGCCAUUGACCUGUAGGUAGCAGCUGCCUAGAGCUAACACUCACUGUUGUGGCACAUCUCAUUGCCGGCAAUGUGGUGGAUGCCUGGAAAAACGAUUUGCCCCUACCUUUCAUGUGUUGGAUGAUUUAAUUUAAAAAAACACCCCAACAAAUAAAACAACAAAAGUAAACAUCA